UUCUCAAUUCCUUACUUAAAUUUUUUUCUCCUAAGAACUUUUGAGUGGAGGCAUUAACUUUAUUUGUGGAAGCUGCUCUGGGGAGCGAGGAGGAGGAGGAGAAAGUGAAAUUUGAUGGAGAAGAGAGACUCCUUGUUCACCCGACGCCCCGUCCGUUAAGCCAUCACUUCUAGAAGAUUCAAGUUGGUGGACGUGGUGACAGCCGAGAGGAGCGCAGGACUUCUCUCCAGGUGGAGACCCUCCACCGCCUGUUGGGUCCACCCCUCCCGCGUGCAUGUGUGCGCCGGCGGCGGCGCGGGGCGCGUGGUUCUGCGCCUGGAGUCUCGGCUGGGACCCGAGUGAAUGGCCCCCAGGGGCUGCGCGGGGCGUCCGCCUCCGCCUCCUCCGCGGGCCUGGGUCUGGCCCGGAAAGAUGCUAGCCAUGGGGGCGCUGGCAGGCUUCUGGGUCCUGGGCCUCCUCACCUAUGGUUACCUGUCCUGGGGCCAGGGCUUGAAGGAGGAGGAGGAAGGGACCUUUGGAGCUCAAGCUGGAGAGAGGCCGGAGCCCAGCCCAAGUGCCACCUCCCAGCCCCAUCUCAUUUUCAUUUUAGCCGAUGAUCAGGGAUUUAGAGAUGUGGGUUACCAUGGAUCGGAGAUAAAGACUCCUACUCUUGACAAGCUUGCUGCGGAAGGCGUUAAACUGGAGAACUACUAUGUCCAGCCUAUUUGCACACCGUCCAGGAGUCAGUUUAUUACUGGAAAGUAUCAGAUACACACCGGACUUCAGCAUUCUAUCAUAAGACCUACCCAACCCAACUGCUUACCUCUGGAUAAUGAGACCCUACCUCAGAAGCUGAAGGAGGUUGGAUAUUCAACCCAUAUGGUUGGAAAAUGGCACUUGGGUUUUUAUAGAAAAGAAUGCAUGCCCACCAAGAGAGGAUUUGAUACCUUUUUUGGUUCCCUCUUGGGAAGUGGUGAUUACUAUACCCACUACAAAUGUGACAGUCCUGGGAUGUGUGGCUAUGAUUUGUAUGAAAAUGAAAAUGCUGCCUGGGACUACGACAAUGGCAUAUACUCCACACAGAUGUACACUCAGAGAGUGCAGCAAAUUUUAGCUUCCCAUGACCCCAGAAAGCCUAUAUUUUUGUAUAUUGCCUACCAAGCUGUUCACUCACCACUGCAAGCCCCUAGCAGGUAUUUUGAACACUACAGAUCCAUCAUCAACAUAAACAGGCGGAGGUAUGCUGCCAUGCUUUCCUGCUUAGAUGAAGCAAUCAACAAUGUGACCCUGGCUCUAAAGACAUAUGGUUUCUAUAACAACAGCAUUAUCAUAUACUCUUCAGAUAAUGGCGGCCAACCCACAGCAGGAGGAAGUAACUGGCCUCUCAGAGGCAGCAAAGGAACAUACUGGGAAGGGGGGAUCCGGGCUGUUGGCUUUGUGCACAGCCCACUUCUGAAAAACAAGGGAACGGUGUGCAAAGAGCUUGUGCACAUCACUGACUGGUACCCCACUCUGAUUUCACUGGCUGAGGGACAGAUUGAUGAGGACAUUCAACUGGAUGGCUAUGACAUCUGGGAGACCAUAAGUGAAGGCCUUCGUUCACCCCGGGUGGAUAUUUUGCACAACAUUGACCCCAUUUAUACCAAGGCGAAAAAUGGCUCGUUGGCCGCAGGCUAUGGGAUCUGGAACACCGCGAUCCAGUCAGCCAUUAGGGUGCAGCACUGGAAACUGCUCACGGGAAACCCUGGGUACAGCGACUGGGUUCCCCCGCAGUCUUUCAGCAACCUGGGGCCGAACCGGUGGCACAACGAACGGAUCACCUUGUCCACUGGCAAAAGUAUCUGGCUUUUCAACAUCACAGCGGACCCGUAUGAGAGAGUGGACCUCUCUACCCGGUACCCUGGAAUCGUGAAGAAGCUCCUCCGGAGGCUCUCACAGUUCAACAAAACCGCAGUGCCUGUCAGGUACCCCCCCAAAGACCCCAGAAGCAAUCCUCGGUUCAAUGGAGGAGUCUGGGGACCGUGGUAUAAAGAGGAAAACAAGAAAAAGAAACCGGGCAAAAAGAAGACUGAGAAAAAGCAGAAGAAAAGUAAGACAAAGAAGAAAAAGCAGAAAGCAGGCUCCUUUCCAAAUUGCUCUUCAGGUGUUGCUCGAGGAUAAGUGCAAAUUUUUGACUGGGUAAACUUAAAUCCAUUCUUUCUCCUGUUUUCUAGGCAAACCAGCAAAGUUGGCUCAAUAGCAUCACUGCCAUAAGCAUCAGACUUUUCAUGUUGGGCCACCCCAGAGACUUCUCCACCUGGUCGCCAUGUGAAACAACUGGUCUGCUUGGUGCCAAAGGUGCUACUCUUGCGAGCCACGCUUAGAGGAGAACGGAGAUGUUUAUUUCUCCUGCUCCUUUAUAAAAGGCGGUCGCUAAUGAGGCACUGUUGUGCCUCAGUCAAUUGACCAAACACUAUGCUUUAAAUCAUUACAGGAGACAAUUUCCUGCAAUCGAUGAACAUGCUAAUUUGAUGGAAGCUACAGGGUAGCAUGAUUAAAAACUACCUUUGAUAAAGUAUGGUCAAAGUUUGCCUCACCUCAAAGGACUUGAAAACUAUAUUUUCUUAGUGGAUUUUUGUGUCUCUAUCAUAUGACACUUGGGUUUUUAAAUUAAUUCUAUUUCAUGUAUCAUUUCCUUUCCUGUGAAAAUAAGCUGUUCUUCUCACAGGCGAACAGCUUGCACCUCAUUUUAUCAUGCACGAGAGAAUGGCAGAUAAGAAUGUUCGAGCACACUGCCAAAAACAUGAAUGUAACUAUUUUCUAAACACUUUACUAGAAAGGCAUUUCAGCAUAAAAUACAUAAUUUAUUUU